GGCUUUUCCAGUGCAAUCUCAUAAAAGACAGGCUAUCCACAUCGAUGAAGAUCUGUAAUUUAACGUUGACGCAGCCAUGGAAAUUCUUUCAGCAGAAAGCAGAGUUCCGCCCAAGCAGGUCGGAUAGAACAUAUAUAUGCGUAGUCCUGCGUUCCUUGGUGAAUUAUUCAGAUAAACUAAUUCGUUAAUAAACGACAACCGCUAUUGGAUUCAAGACUAUUUUAAUUGUGCUAUGUAAUUUGAGCUGUGGCUUUAAGUGCAAGGCUACACCUCCCCCUUCUGCUACAACUGUGAGCGGAUCUGUUGGUGCUGAAGCGUCCCUUUCAGUUUCAGUACCAGCCAUGGCCGAAAUUAAAACGGGCAUUUUCGCCAAAAACGUCCAGAAACGGCUCAGUCGGGCCCAGGAAAAGGUGCUGCAGAAGUUGGGGAAGGCUGAUGAGACGAAAGAUGAGCAGUUCGAACAGUGUGUUCAGAACUUCAAGAGACAGGAGUUUGAGGGCUCCCGGUUGCAGAGGGAGAUGAGGACCUAUCUGGCAGCUGUAAAAGCUAUGCAACAGGCCUCCAUGAGUCUGACUGAGUCGCUUCAUGAGGUCUAUGAGCCAGACUGGCAUGGGAGGGACGAUGUCAUGACCAUCGGGAAGAACUGCGAUGAGCUGUGGGAGGAUUUCCAUGAGAGACUAGUGGAUUCCACAGUCAGUGCGCUGGAGAAUUACCUCACACAGUUUCCAGAUCUUAAGAUACGUGUAUCAAAGAGAGCUAGAAAGCUGAUUGACUAUGACAGUGCCAGGCACCAUCUUGAGACCAUGCAAGUAACCAACCAAAGUAACCAGAGGAAGAUCCUUAAGGCGGAGGACGACUUGAAAAAGGCACAGAAGGUGUUUGAUGAUCUCAAUGUCGGCCUGCAAGAUGAGCUCCCAACUCUCUGGGACAGCCGAGUUGGAUUCUAUGUGAAUACAUUCAAGAGCGUCACCAGCUUGGAGGCCAAGUUCCAUAGAGAAAUAUCUGUGCUAUGCCACAAGCUGUACGAGGUGAUGAACAAACUGGCUGAGCAACAUUCUGACAAAAUGUUCACAAUCCAGGGAGCUCCCAGAUUUAAGCGUGACUCGGGUCCGCUGCGGCUGGCCCGUACCCCGACACCUCCGGACGACUCGGAUCCAGACAGUCCUGACGCCACCCCCAACCACAUGCUGAGGCUGGCCUCCCCCGGCCCACCCAGGCCCAAAUCACCCUCCAUGAGUGAAGAUCAAAAGAAAGGACCUCCGAGGCCACCAAAGGCCACUCCCACUAAGGAACUAAUGCAGGAGCAGAUUAUCGACCUGUUUGGCGGCUCCUUCCCUAUGGCCUCGUCCUCCUCACAGCCCAACGAAGGACCUGUGGAGUCUCUCCUGGACCUGGACUUCGAUCCGUUCCCCUCCUCCACUCCUAUUGGCCAGUCCCAGUCUCCCAUGCCUCAGACAUUACCCUGGGAUAUGUGGACGGAAGAGGUUCCAGCGGCACAGCCUCAGGUGGACUCAGGGUCGUGGGCCAGUGGAGCGCCGUCACAGGGGGAGGGGGAGCGCGAGGCUAGCGUGGAUGCUAACCCCUCGUUCUCCGCCUUCCCCGCCUUCCCUGACCAGGGUGGCGACACGGGCUUCACCGUCGACUGGAGCGCCAACUUCAGCGCGCCGGCCCCCGUAACAGAAGGCGCCGCCGCGGCUGACGCCUCAGUCGAUGCCUCAGCUGACGCCGGAGCAGACGCCUCAGCAGACGCCUCAGUAGACGCCUCAGCCGACGCCUCAGCCUUUGCCUCCACCUCCGCCGACGCCGCCGCCGAUGCCGCCCCUGCGUCCGACGGAUGGCCUCCUAGCAGCGGCUGGGCCACGGAGGCGACGCAGCCCCAGGUGGAGACGGUAGGAGACGAGGUUAGAGACCAGGGCCCGAGCGAGCAAACCCCCGAGCCCAACCCACAGCGUGACCCCUGUGAUGUGGUGCGGGGCCAGGCCGAGCAGGAGCAGGAGCAGGAGCAGGUCCAGGAGCAGGAGCAGGAGCAGGAGCUGGGACAGGGCCAAGAGGGCACGGGGACGGGCUGGGCCCCAGAGCAGGCAGGGUGGGGCUGGGGGGAGGGGGAGGGGCAGCAGGAGGCAGCGGAGGGAGUGGUAGAGGAGUUAGAGGGGGAGGCGCCCGUGCCGGGGAUCGUGUUGAUCGACGAGUUCGGUCAGGAGGUCCAGGGCGGCACGAAGGGGGGCCUGGGGAGCCAGGCCGCGGUGGAAGGCUCUGGGUCGGAGUACGAGACAGCGGAGGAGUGGGGAGAAGCUCCCGGUCGCAACGGAGGCUGGGUGAGCGCUGACAACGAGCUAGCAGCCACAGAGGAGCAGGGAGCCGCCGCGGAGCCGAUGGCAAAUCAGGGCGCUGCCGACAGCGGCACGAACCAGGGGGGCUUCGCAGAUUGGGGUGCGGGUGACGCUGCCUCUCCAUUUCCGGAGCAAGUGCCGGCGGCUGACACAAGCUUUGGUGGUGAGGGGUUUGCAGUGCAGUGGGACCAACCAGCAGCCACGGAGCUGAUGCCUGAAGAGCCCACCGGCGUGUCGGUGCCUGCCGAGCAAAGUGCACCAGAACCCCCCCUGUCAGCACCAGAGCCUGCCCUGGACAUCACUGAGCCCGCACAGGGUUCAGAUCCAUUUGGAACCACCGAGGACCCUUUUGGCGCCGAGAAUGACCCGUUCGGCACGGAGAAAGACCCGUUCGCUACCUCAGAGGAUCCUUUUGGGACCUCCGAGACAGACCCGUUCGGAACCUCCGACAAAGACCCGUUCGCCAACGCGGAGCAGGACCUGUUCGCUAACCAGGGAGCUGACGUCUUUGCCUCGCAGGCGCCGGCCGACGCAGUAGGAUUCGCCUCCGACCCGUUUGGAGAGAGCUCUGGGCAGGACAGCUCAGCCAACGGCGGAUGGGCUGCCGACCCGUUUGCCACCAACACCACCCAGGGCUGGCCCGGAGGCUGGGAGUCCACCGGCGGGGAGGAAGGAAAGGAUUCCUCCCAGUGGCCCGCCUUCCCCGACCCCAGCGCCGCAGCGGCCCCAGAGGCCGACUCCGCUAGCAAGGGUUCCUGGCAGGAGGUGUCCAACAAUGCUUUUAAUGGAUUUCCUCAGACGGAUGCCUCUGCCUCUGCCCCUGCCUUUGCUGCAGACUUUGAUAAAAUGCCGGAGGGUGUGGAGGGUGCUGCGGCUCCAGCAGCCGCGGAGGCCCCUGAGGCCCCUGAGGCCCCUGAGGCAGCGGCAGCGGCCGUGGGGCAGGUGACUGAGGGGGCCGAGGGCCAGGUCACGACCCCGCCUGCCCCCGCCGAGGCAGCCGAGGCCUCCGAGACCACGGCCGCGAGCCCCCCAGGAGAGAAAGCCCCAACGCCUGCAGAGUCACCAGUGUCCGCUGACAAUGUGGAGGGGGCCCAGAGUGAGAUACCUAAAGGUGAUGAGUGUGAGAAAGAACAACCCACCCAGAAGGCUCCGGAAUCUGCUCCAGUACCAGAGGCAGCAAAAGAGUCCCCCACUGCGGAGACUCCGGCCUCUGCUGAGGACAAGGGGUCUCCCAUUGAAGAGGCUCCGGCUGAGGUGGCCAAGCCUGAGGGUGAGAGCAGCGGCACGGAGGCGCAGGCACAGGCAGAGCCAGGCCAGGAGGCGGGUACAGUAGAGGCCAAGGCCGAGGCCGAGGCAGAGGAGGCAGCCAGUGCUGCUGGGGCCAAACCAGUGGAGUGGGCUGCAGACAGUGUGUCUGAGGAGGAGAAGAUGCCUAUUCCCUCUGUGGUGAUUGAGCCCGCUUCCAGCAACGAGGGAGAUGACGACCGCGAUGUGGACAUCCUGUCUCCCGCCACCAGUGAUAACGGGGUGGCCCCCAUACCUGACCUCUCCUCGGGGCUGCCUGGGAUGCCUCCUGGCUUCCUCUAUAAGGUGGAGGCCAUGCAUGACUUUGAUGCAGAAAACACAGAUGAGCUCAACCUAAAGAUGGGAGACCUGGUCUUUGUGAUUCCCACCAAACAGACGGCGGAUCAGGAGGCCGGUUGGCUCACGGGCAUCCGAGAGGCUGACUGGCUUCAGCAGGGGGCCUCAGCUAAAUCAGGACUGUUCCCUGAUAACUUUACCACGCGCGUGGAGUAACAGCCCUCGCCCCGCUACUCACACACUCACUCACACACACACACACACACACACACACACACACUUACACAAACACACACAC